AUGGCAUCACUUCUUGCCGUGGGAAGUGACGUUGAUCAUACUGUCGCAAACGGUACAUGUCUGGAGGGCUGCCAUGUUAGAAUCGCUGAUAGUGGGGUUUCUGGCAAUGAACACCAUGUUACACAGGCUGCCUCACAAGUCCCUAUUGCCAUAUGUGGUAUGUCCGUACGUCUUCCUGGGGGUUUGCACUCACCACAGGAGCUCUGGGAUUUCCUGAUUUCCAAAGGUGAUGCCCGUGUUCCAGUACCAAAAUCCAGAUACAAUGCAGUUGCACACUAUUCCGAGAGGCCAAAGCCAAGCACCAUUAAAACCAAGUAUGGCUACUUCCUCGACGAGAGUAUCGACAUUUCUGCCAUUGACACUUCAUUUUUCAACAUGAGCAAAGCUGAGGUUGAGCGGGCAGACCCGCAACAAAGACAAAUGCUGGAAGUUGCCAGGGAGUGCCUAGAAGAUGCAGGCGAGACAAACUGGAAAGGAAGACCAAUCGGUUGCUAUAUGGGCAGCUUCGGUGAGGACUGGGUUGAAAUGUUUGCCAAAGAAAAUCAGCAGUAUGGUGUGUAUCGGGUGUCUGGAUACGGUGAUUUUAUGCUGCCGAACCGCGUCUCAUAUGAGCUGGAUCUGACGGGUCCAAGUAUGGUAGUCCGGACCGGUUGUUCUGCAUCUCUCGUUGCACUACACGAAGCAUGCAUGGCAAUUUCCCGCGGGGACUGUGAAGGGGCUCUAGUUGGCGGUGCCAACUUGAUCAUGGGCCCAGGCAUGUCGGCUGCUAUGUCAGAGCAAGGGGUACUCUCGCCCGACGGCUCCUGCAAGUCCUUUUCUGCUGAUGCCAAUGGGUAUGGUCGCGGAGAGGCGAUUUCUGCCAUUUUCAUCAAGCGCCUUUCUGAUGCCAUCCGUGAUGGCAAUCCGGUCCGAGCCGUCAUUCGCGGGACAGGAUGUAACAGUGACGGGAAGGGCACUGCCGCCGGUAUCCAAAUCCCCAACGAUCUCGCUCAGGAGGAUCUCAUCAGGCGUACGUACAAGCUGGCGGGCAUCACAAACUUCGGCGAGACUGCGUUCGUCGAGUGUCACGGUACCGGGACACCAACCGGGGAUCCUAUAGAAGCCAAAGCUGUUGGCCGGGUUUUUGGUCCUACGGGUGGCGUACAAAUAGGGUCCGUCAAGGCUAAUCUCGGCCACUCCGAAGGUGCUUCGGGCCUCACAUCGCUCGUUAAAGCAGUCAUGGCUUUGGAAAAGCGCAUUAUUCCUCCAAACAUCAAGGUCAACAAGCCCAACCCCAAUAUCCUGUGGGAGUCUUGUGGGCUCUCGGUUCCUACGGAGCCCAUGCCAUGGCCGGAGGGACGGAAGGAGCGUGUUAGUGUGAACUCAUUUGGUAUCGGAGGUACUAAUGCACAUGUCGUGCUCGAUUCUGCACUCAGCUACGGGGUUUCCCCAGUCCCUAGACGGUCACUCAUCUCUCCAGAACUGCUUGUCUACUCAGCCAAUACCACAGAAUCUCUGAGAAGGAUGAUUGCUACGUAUAAGGCCUGGGUUAAGAAAAACCCAGAGAGAGUUACCGAUUUGGCAUUUACACUGGCUAACAGGAGAGAGCACUUGCCUCAUCGGGCGUUUGCUGUGGCAAGCCUGACGGGCUCCCUCACGCCUUCGCCUCCGCUGAAAGCAGGGAAGCCACCGAAUAUCGUCAUGGUAUUUACUGGUCAGGGCGCCCAGUGGCCACAAAUGGGGCGUUGUUUACUCCAAAGCCCCUCAUAUCCCAUCUUUCGAAAGACAAUCCAGUCCCUCGAUGCACAUCUACAAACCCUCAAUCAUGCCCCCGAUUGGUGCAUUGAGGAUGAGCUCCAAAAACCGGCAGAUCUCAGCAGGCUUGACUCGUCCGAACUAUCCCAGCCUCUCUGCACAGCAAUCCAAAUUGCCUUGGUUGAUACUCUCGCGUCAAUCGCAGUUCGUCCCACUGCAGUUGUUGGCCAUUCCAGUGGAGAGAUCACUGCGGCAUAUGCCGCGGGGAGUAUUUCUGCGUAUGAAGCCAUCACAAUUGCGUUUUAUCGUGGUCAGGUUACAGGGCUGCACUCCAAGAGCGGAGCCAUGGCGGCGAUAGGCAUGGGUUCUAAAGAUGCCCAAAGCUAUCUGGAGCCAGGAGUGGUUGUUGCUUGCGAGAAUUCACAUAUGAGUGUCACUCUCGCCGGUGAUACGGAAGCAGUUCAACGUGUGAGUUCCAGUAUUAAAGAAGUACAGCCUGAUGUCCUAGUAAGACUCCUCCGGGUUAAUAAGGCAUAUCACUCCCAUCACAUGUCUGAAAUUGGCCAAGAUUACCAUGCCGUAAUUGAAAAAGAGGUUUCUGCCAAGCCCCCCGAUAAGCUGUUCUUUAGCAGUGUCACAGGGAAGCAGCUUACGUUAGACUGUGACCUCGGUGCCAAAUACUGGCAGAAAAAUCUCGAGUCACCGGUCCUCUUUUACUCGGCCAUAUCAUCGAUCAUGAAGCACGAAAUUGCAAAUAACAUGAUAUUCCUUGAAAUUGGACCCCACUCGGCGCUUGCAGGUCCUUUACGUCAAACCCUGACUCAAUAUUCAAGUUCUGCUCCUUACGUCCCAACGCUUAGUCGCAACCAGAAUGAUGUUGAAUCAUUGUUGACAGCAAUUGGAACACUUUAUUGUCACAAUGUUCCGGUGAACCUAAGCAAGGCGAUAAGUAAAGGCUCGUGUUUACGUGAUUUGCCCAGGUACCCAUGGGACCACACGCAGAAGUUUUGGUAUGAGUCCCGACUCAGUAAGGGGUGGCGCAACCAAGAGCAUGUGCAUCACGAUCUUCUUGGGACUCGAGUUACGGAGAGUCCAGAUUUCAAUGUGCUUUUCCGAAACAUCUUCCACUUGGACAACGCUCCAUGGAUCCGGGACCAUAGGGUCGGCAAAGACAUCGUCUUUCCUUUUGCUGGAUACGCUGGCAUGAUCGGGGAAGCUGUUCGGCAAGUGACUUUGGUCAACGAGGGGUUCAUUAUGCGCAAAGUUACUAUCAGCACUGCCCUUGUUCUGAGUGAAGGUAUUCCAGUUGAGAUAACGACGACGCUACGUCGCUGUCGAUGGACAGACUCUCUCGACAGUGAGUGGUGGGAAUUCAGCAUUGCAUCACACAAUGGAACUACCUGGACCAAGCACUGCUCCGGAGAAGUCAAGUCCCAUGGUAAGAAUCUAGGAGAAGAGAAGAGAAACCAUCCGCUGGUGCGCAAGGUCAAAAAACGUCGUUUCUACGAGUCCAUGGCUAAAUCUGGGCUUAACUUCGGACCCACAUUUCAGCGGCUUGACGAUAUUCGGUCUGACACCACCACAACAAAUGCGACAGCGGAGGUGACUAGACGGGAAGAAGAUGGCAUUGGCUACCAGGUUCACCCAGCAGUCAUUGAUGCCUCACUCCAGCUUCUCUGCGUCGCCGCAUUCAAAGGAUCUGCCAAUACUACAGGCAAAGUGAUGGUGCCCACUAAGAUCGAUGAAUUAUGCAUCUCCCGUUGCUUUGAGGAUGUACAAGUGCGAGCGUUCGCAUCAUACACUCAAGGCGAUUACAUAGAUGGGGGUGCCCAGUGUAUGGCUGCUAAUGGUAGUGUUGUUUUACGCAGUUCCGGGGUCAAACUCUCCGUCCUAGACGACCAGGUGUCCGUAGGACGUGCUGAAGCUACGGCACGUGCAGAAUGGGGCCCGCACAUCGAUUUCUUGGAUGCCAACACUUUGAUAAAACCUUCAAUGGACCGGAGUAUUGACAUGCCGAUUUUGGAUGAGCUCGCCCGCUUGUGUAUGAUUUAUACCAAGAGGGUUAUUUCGGGAUUGGACACCUCGAUUGACUACAUGCACAAGUACAGAUCGUGGAUCAACCGUCAGUGUCAGAAAAUGGAGCUCCAAUGUCUUGGUAAUCUUGACAGUGAGACCAUUGAGAUGAAGAUUGGUUCCAUCGUCACUGGGCUAUCGCAGACCCCAGCAGCCGCUGCUGCCGUGUGCAUUUAUAAAGUCCACAGCAACAUGAGAGAUAUCUUCACCGGCGACAAGGAGGUGCUCGAUAUUCUCCUCGCGGACAAUACAUUGGCCAAUCUCUAUGUGUACGGGGACCAAUGUGAUGGGUCGUUGUUUUUCAAACACCUAACCCACAGCAAGCCUAAUUUGCGAGUACUUGAAUUGGGCGCUGGAACGGGUGGCUCUACCGCUAACUUUCUGAAAUGGUUGACACCUGGUGAAAUAUCUCUGUACUCAAAGUACACCUUCAGUGAUAUCUCGUCUGGUUUCUUUGUCUCCGCUAGAGAGCGGUUCAGUGCUUAUCCGAAUGUCGAAUACCUUCCACUUGACAUCAGUAAAGAUCCAUCUGAUCAGGGCUUUGAUGGUCGGACAUACGAUCUCAUUUUAGCGACCAACGUCAUCCAUGCGACCAAAUCUCUCAAUCAAACCCUAGGUAACAUUCGGAAACUACUUGACCCCAAUGGUCGAAUCUUGCUUCAUGAGCUCACCCCGAAUUCGAAAUGGCCCAACUAUAUCUGGGGAACGCUAGCUGGAUGGUGGUUUGGCGAAGAUGACGACCGGGCUGACCAGCCAUACGUCAGUGUCGACAGGUGGACAGAAGAGUUCAAGGCUGCCGGAUUCUGCGCUCCUGAUGCUGCGGUCCCUGAUACAGCCGCCCCAAAUCAGCUGAAUACUAUGAUCCUGGCUAGACCGGCAGUUGAACCCCCUUCAAAGGCCAAUGUCACUCUGCUUGCGCUUGCCGAAUCCGAAAAUGUACGUUCUAUUGCCCUAGGCUUGCAGGACAGAGGAUACACUGUUGACCGUCGCGGUCUGGAGGGGCCUUUGCCGGUUGGUCAAGACAUAAUUGCCUUACUUGAUGAUGACACACCUUUCUUUGAAAGAAUGGACGAUGAUAUGUUUGAGUCGCUUAAGGUUUUGAUGAAUCAAGUCAAGGAAUGUGGCAUUCUGUGGUUGACUGGUCUCUGCCAAGUUCAAUGCAAGGACCCACUAUUCGGUCAAAUCAACGGUUUUGCCAGGGCCAUACGAUCAGAAAUGCUUAUUGAUUUUGCUACUUGCGAGGUGGACCAGGUCAGUUCUUCCGUGGACAGAAUCAUCCAUGUGUUUGAGAAAUUUCAGGCCCGCAAACCCGACGAUGUUCUUAAGCCCGAGUUUGAAUAUGCCAUUAUGCAAAACACUGUCCAUGUCGGACGCAUAUAUCCCUUCUCGGUGCAACCUGGGAUUGCAGACUCAGAGUCUAAUGACGUUAUCUCUCUCCGUUCCAGCAAGCCUGGUCACCUCAGUGCCUUACACUGGGUGGGCCUCGAGGCUGAACCGCUGUCAGACGGCGAUGUUGAAGUCGAAAUACAUGCCACCGGCUUGAACUUCAGGGAUAUUUUGGUCGCUAUGGGCAUUGUUGGUGGCUCUGAAAAGGGUUUCGGUCACGAAGCAGCCGGCAUUGUCCGCCGCACUGGUGCCAACGUAACAUCUGUUAACGUCGGCGACCGCGUUAUGCUCAUAUCGCAUGGUACAUUUUCUACAUACCGCAUCGUCUCUGAGGACCUUUGUGAGAAAAUCCCGAGUGGACUGAAUUUUGAAGAUGCUGCUACCAUGCCUUGCGUGUUUGCUACAUCUAUCUACUCCAUCUUCAGCAUCGGUAACUUGAGAAAAGGCGAGUCCAUUUUGAUCCAUAGCGCUUGCGGUGGUGUUGGUCUUGCCACUAUCCAACUUGCCCAGAUGGUCGGAGCCGAGGUCUACACCACUGUCGGAAACGAGGAAAAAGUCGCAUACCUCAUGGAUACAUUUCAACUGCCCCGUAACAGAAUAUUUAACUCUAGAGAUGCCUCCUUUGUUGGUGAUGUUAUGCGAGAGACUAAUAACAAGGGUGUUGACUUGGCAUUAAAUUCCUUGUCCGGCGAGUUACUGCACGCUACAUGGAAAUGCAUUGCACCCUUCGGUCGGAUGAUUGAGAUUGGCAAACGAGACUUGAUUGGCUCUGGGAAGUUGGAUAUGAGUCCUUUCUUGGAGAAUCGUAGCUAUUGUUGCGUCGAUUUGGAUCAGAUCUGCUUCGUGAAACCGGCCAUUGCCAAAGAGUAA